GGCAAACAAGGACGAAAAGACAAUUCUAUCCCUGAACUCCGAUCCCAUCUCCACGUCACCUUUAGCGUUUCCCCACUAAACUAUAGAAGCGCGUGGCUCUCACACUCUCCCCAUCUUGUUCAAUCCUUUCCUUGAGGCGCCAUCGCCUUGACCACACCUCACAUCCUUCUUAUAAUCUUAUUCCAUUCUAUAUGCAUACAAAUGCAUAAAACGAAUCAUUACAUAUAUACACACAAACCUGUACAUAUAUACACAGACAGAGGCAGGCCGGUGAUGGCGGAUAUUAGCAAAGCAGCAACUGAAGUGUAUGCGCAGACAAGGACCUUACAAGUAUGGCGGUCACUGUUGAACUGGUUGACUUUCUUCUUUCAGAUCUUUGUUCAGAUCGUUAGAGGCACUCCUUCCGUUGCUUCCUUGAUCAAUUAUUCUUCUUCGUCUUCUUCGGCGUCGUUCAAGCCUUUGCCUGACGUUGAAUUUCCUGAAUCUUCUCAACCGGCAACAUUCUCUGCCGCUUCCGUUCAUAUUCCCACCGCUGUGGCUGAUUAUGAUUGUUCGGCAAAGCUCACGGUGGUUCUUGACUUGGAUGAAACUCUAGUAUGUGCCUAUGAGACAUCUAGUUUACCUGAUAGUGUUCGAAAACAAGCUACAGAUGCUGGAUUGACAUGGUUUGAGCUAGAAUGCAUAGCUUCUGAGAAGGAAUAUGAUGGAAAGCCGAAGAUCAACUAUGUGACAGUAUUUGAACGCCCUGGACUGCAUGAAUUCCUUGCCCAACUUAGCAAAUUUGCUGAUCUUGUACUAUUUACAGCAGGACUUGAAGGAUAUGCAAAACCACUUGUUGACAGAAUAGAUGCUGAAAACAGAUUUAGCCGUAGAUUUUAUCGGCCUUCAACAACUUCCACGGAAUAUAGAGAACAUGUGAAGGACCUUUCUUUUGUAUCAAAAGAUUUUUGCAGGAUUGUUAUUGUUGACAACAAUCCAUUCAGUUUCUUAUUGCAACCAGUGAAUGGAAUCCCAUGCAUACCUUUUACAGCUGGACAACCACGUGAUGACCAGCUUCUGGAGGUGCUCCUUCCCCUUUUGAAGCAACUUUCAGAGCAGAGGGAUGUGAGGCCCGUGUUAUACGAAAGGUUCCGCAUGCCGGAAUGGUUUCAGAAACACGGAAUCCCCGUUUCCAAUUCCACCAGCUAAACAUUGGUAUUUGUAUUUACUUGAAUCCCAGCAUUUUGUAUAGCUAUUAGCCCCAUUAUAUAUAUCAUUUUGUAUACAGGAGAAGAAGAUUCUUUUUUGUUAUUGUUUCCUUAAUUUGCACCACAUGCAG